AUUGGUUUGAUGAGAUGUGGUAAAUUGUUAGCGGAAUCAGCACCGCAGGAAUUGCUGGCGCGAUACCAAUGUUCGUUCUUAGAAGAAGCUUUUUUGAAGUUAUGCAAUAUCCAAAAUAAUACAGUCACUUUGGAUGAAGCUCAAGGAUCCGAAGUAGAAGAUAUGCGCGGUAACGUCUUGCACCAGGAUCAAAAUCAACAUUGUGAACCAACAAAAGCAUACUUGAAGUACGAAGCAGUUUCAAAACGUCCAGUUUCGCGAUUGAGAAGGUAUAAAGCACUAUUGACAAAGAAUGGCACUCAAUUUUUACGUGAUUAUGGAGGACUAAUUUUCGCAGUAGUAUUUCCGAUACUUCAAAUGGGCGUAUUUAUUAUAGCAAUUGGUGAUGAUCCAAAAAAUUUGAAAAUUGGUGUCGUCAACAAAGAAGUCGAAAACUGUAAUUCCGACAGCAACUUUGGCAAUGUUUGGAGUGACGAACUCACUUGUCAUUUUGGUAACCUCAGUUGUAGAUUUCUACAUAAAUUUGACAAUUCUAUUGCUACACAGGAGUAUUAUGAAGACAUUCCCAAGGCAAGACAGGCUGUACAAAAUGCAAAGCUCAGUGGUGUAAUCUAUUUUAGUCAAAACUUCUCCGAAGCUUUGCAAAUACGCGUGGAAGAAGCCACUUUCGCAAAAGAUUCCGAUCUACUCGCCAGCCAGAUUCAAGUUUUCCUCGAUAUGGGAGAUAUGCAAAUUGGAUAUUUUAUACAGCAGAAAUUAUUCGAUCGUUUCUUAGAGGUUUAUGAGGAUAUCAUGAGAGAGUGCAAAUAUUCGCCAAAAAUGGCAGAUCCACCCAUUCGAUUUGAAGAACCCAUUUACGGUGCGACCGACCUCAAUUAUGCAAAUUACAUGGCACCAACCUACAUACUAGGACUUAGUUUCUUUUUAGCCGCCACGGUUUCUACUACUUUAAUAAUUACAGAUAGGAUGGAGGGCGUCUGGAAUCGAAGCGUAGUACAAGGGGUCAGAACAGAAGAAAUUCUACUGUCUCACAUUCUUAUUCAGAGCAUCGUCAUCAUCAUCCAUACUGCUAUGAUAAUGCUUAUAGUAUUUCCUAUAUGGGGCCUAGAAUGUAAAGGACCGAUAUUUAAUGUAAUGGUCCUUAUAUUCCUUAAUGGUUUUAGCGGACUAAUGUAUGGUUUCGUCCUUUCUGUUAUGUUCAAAAAUCAUACUGCAGCGCAUUACGGUGCGGCCGGAAGUUUUUUCGCGUUAGUAUUGCUCAACGAUAUGCAAAUUGGACGUUUUAUACAGCAGAAAUUAUUCAUUCAUUUCUUAGAGGUUUAUGAGGAUAUCAUGAGAGACUGCAAAUAUUCGCCAAAGUUGGCCAAUCCACCCAUCCGAUUUGAAGAACCUAUUUACGGUACGACCGAUCUCAGUUAUACAGAUUACGCAGCACCACCAUUCGUGCUAAUGUAA